AUGAACAUUUUAAACUUAUCAAAACAAUCUCCCCAGCCAUCAGCUCCUUGGAACUAUCACCACCUUUUUCCAACCCCCAAACCAUUGAUUUCCAGACAAAUUGCACCACCUGCCAUUCAACCAUGUUUAUCCUCUAGGUAUCACAAAUCAUCAAUCAUUCAAAAUUUGAACCCUGAUGCUUUUUCUAAAAUAAAUAAUGAAACUGCUGAAAAAGAAGCAUCUGCUUUUGGUGUUUUCCCCUUAGAGCUUUGGUAUGAAAUUAUGAGCUCAAAUGAUAAUGUUGGUGUGCUUGUUACAUUAAAUAAAAGUUUUUAUAACGCUUUUGCUCCCCAGCUUUAUGGUAAAUUUGAAAACUUAAACUUGUUAUUGGUGAUUAGUAGUACAAAAAAGAUGAAGCAAAAUGAUGAAUUAUUUAUUUCAAAUGCAAAAGUUUUUUUUAGAGAUAAGCUAUCAUGUUAUGAUGAAAUUUGUGAAAGAUACCAACAAGGAACUGAUUAUGAUUAUGAAUAUAUUGAUGUGGUACCAAAUGAGGAAGAGUACCGGGAUAGUAUGGAACUAAUUAAUUCAACAAAUAAGGUCAUUACAUCUCAUAAGAAAAUUAUAGAGUUAUUUGAAAAUAUCUUAACAAAUGAUAUAUCGUUUAUCAAAAAAAUCAUAAGAAAUCUCACGAUAAAUAUAUCAAUUUUAAAUGGUUAUAAUGAGAUUAUUAGCUCCAAACAUUCAAAAGUUAAUAGAACUUUAAGGAAGAUAAAUAAAGUGGAUGGAGUGGAAAAACAUCAUAUCAGACUACCAAGAUUUGAAGGUUCAAAUUGUUUAAGACAAAACCGUCCAAAUUGUUCCAGAAAUCGUUAUUUUAAUGAUCAAGAUUCUACCUUUUUCCCAAUAAAUGUGUAUUCAAAUGAACAAUCACACUUGGCUGUUGUUUUGGAAACUUUCGCCUCUGAUAAAAAAAAUUAUAUGAGAAACAUUCAUAGUUCAGAAGAUCUUGAGGGCAAUAAUCCAUUUUAUGACAUGUUUAAAAUCUGUUUUGAAGGUAAAAAUAUCCCAAUUAAUGAUCGUAUUAUUGAAGGAGGUGCAAGAUUCUCGACAGAUUUUCAAUCAAUGGCUCAUAAAGUUAAAGUGAUUAAUAGAAAAUUUGAAAACAAAUCACAAGUUGAACAUUCAAUCAUUCAAAUUGUUAAAAUUAUGACUUCUGAUAAAUUCAUGUCUUCAAUCAGUACAUCACUUUCACUUAUGGGAUAUGAAGAUUCAUCAAAUAAUUCAAAAAAAGGACCUCGAGAUUAUGUACUAUCCGAUCUCAAACCAACGAUAACUUUGGUGAAUAAACCAUCAAGAGCUACACAUAUGUGA